AUGAACCGCCGCUUCACGGAAUGCUGUGACUGGAUUGGGGCGAAGCAGGAUGCCUGCAGUAGCUUUUUCUCCAACAUUUGCACUUGCGGGAGCUAUCGCCUAGUCUUUAACGCGCCCUUGACCCUUUGGUUUGAGGGCCUUUGCCUUCUGGUCUGGGCGUUGAAGCUGACGAAGACUCCUGCCUGUGAGUGGCCAAGGGCUGCAAGGAACAAGUUCAUUGCCGAGCUCUUUCGCAGCCCGGCGCGCUUCGAGGCCAAGCACAUUGGCCGCUAUCCCCUGACGGUGCCACGGCUAGUUCUGCACAUCUUCGGCCAUGGCAAUUGGGAGCACUUCCUUGGCAACACGACAUCGCUUUUACUCGUCCUUCCAAUGCUGGAGGAGAAGUACAAAGUGCGAUGGCUCGCGACCAUAAGCCUGCUGAACGCUGUGGUGGCAGCGGUUGUGACCAUGAUCAUGAGCGAAUGGACUGUGGUCUUGGGCGCCAGCGGCAUCGUCUUCCAGUGUAUGCUGCUGGCUGUCUUCUCAGGACGUUAUCAUGCUCCUGGCGACAUUCCCAUCACGUUCCUACUGGCAGUGGCUGUCUACAUCGUUCCAGAGGUCCGCGCCUGGGGCACAGAUGACGGUGUCUCGCACACCGCCCACCUGGUUGGUGGGAUUGUGGGUGCAGCAGCUGCCUUCUGUGCCCGAGGCCAUGCACGAACUCCAGACGAGGUGCAGCGCAGCCAAGCCAGGAUGAGUCAAGCUCCUGCACGCACUCCCGCAGUGCAGAUGACCUGGAGAACGUACCCAUGA